AAGAUAAGGAAGGAGAAUUGAGUCCAGCCAUGGAGAGCAGACUCUCCGCCUCUCUUGGCCUCUCCUCUCCAAACCCAGACCACCACCACCACCACCACCGCCGCCACCACUCUCAAACCUCCGAUGACUUCCACAACCUCUUCACCCACUUCGCCUCCCCAACCACAUCUCACAUCCCAUUCUUCGCCUCCACCACCACCACCACCAAAUGGGCCUCCAACACCCGCCCGCCCAAGGCCAAGUCCAUAAUGAAGAACCUCUCCGUCUUCGAGCGGGCCCUCAUCGGCGCCGGCGGCGGCGGCAUCGCCGGAGCCUUCACCUACUUCUGCCUCCACCCCCUCGACACCAUCAAGACCAAGCUCCAGACCAAAGGCGCGUCCGAAGUCUACGCCAACGCCUUCGACGCCGUCCUCAAGACCUUCCAGACCAAGGGCGUUCUGGGGUUUUACAGCGGCAUCUCCGCCGUCAUCGUCGGCUCCACCGCUUCCUCCGCCGUCUACUUCGGCACCUGCGAGAUGGGGAAGUCGUUUCUCUCCAAAUUACCCAACUACCCCCCGAUCCUCAUCCCUCCCACCGCCGGCGCCAUGGGCAACAUCGUCUCUUCGGCCAUAAUGGUGCCCAAGGAGCUCAUCACGCAGCGGAUGCAGGCCGGGGCCAGAGGCAGGUCCUGGCAGGUGUUGCUGAAGAUCCUCGAAAACGACGGCGUUUUGGGCCUCUACGCAGGCUACUCCGCAACCUUGCUCAGAAACUUGCCCGCCGGGGUCUUGAGCUACUCUUCCUUCGAGUACUUGAAAGCCGCGGUUCUGAGCAAGACCAACCAGGCCCAAAUGGAGCCCAUUCAGAGCGUGAUUUGCGGCGCCUUGGCCGGAGCUAUCUCGGCCUCCAUUACGACGCCGCUGGAUGUUGUGAAGACGAGGCUGAUGACUCAGAAUGUGAAUAAGGCGGCUGCUUUUGUGCAGAGUGGGGUUUCGGAGACGGUGAAGCAGAUUCUGAAAGAAGAAGGGCUGGUGGGAUUCACAAGAGGAAUGGGGCCGAGGGUUCUUCACAGUGCCUGCUUUUCCGCAUUGGGGUACUUUGCUUUCGAGACGGCUAGGCUUGCGAUUUUGAAUGAGUAUAUCAAGAGGAAGGAGUUGCAAGAAAUUGGUGAUGCUCCGGCUUGAUGUUUUUAUGGGGUUUGAAAUCUUCUCUUCCAUUUUCGUUCUCCUUCCUUCUGCUGGUUACAUUUUAUUCAUAGUAAGUGAAUUCUUGUUGCAAUUUUCACUAUCGGUUAAUUUUCGUUUUCUAUGAGUAAUGAGUAGAAGACUAGAAGUAGAACCAUUACACCUCAUUUUGUAAUUCCAAUAGGUACUAUAUAUAUAAGUUCCUUCUUUUAAUGAAAUGUUUACGGUAAUAAGGUCCUAAUGCCUAUCAAUAAUUCAAUCUCAUUACAUUUAUGACUGUGUA